AGUUCACCGCGCGCAGGAGCGGGACGGACAAGUUUCUGAGAGUAGCUCGGAAACACCACCGCGUGAGGACUAACAGAGGCCUGAUUCGGUGAAGUACGGCUGUCGUUGUCAUCCAAACGUUCUAAGUCGUCAAAAUAAGAAACAUUUACCAUAUAUGGAUUUAGGACAAAGCAGAUGAGGGACAAAGGUGUUAUUAUGUGAGAAGAAGCACGUAUUUGUCAGAGCAUGUAGAUUCACCGGUGUAUGAUGCCCGAUGAGAUGGCGCGGCCUUUAAUCCGAGGCAGAGGUGAGGAAGGCGGCUCCAGGCGGCUCCAGGCCCCUGCGUCUGAACUCUGCAGUCCGGUCAUCGGUAUUCUGGGCACGGGCGACUUCUCCCGCUCGCUGGCCAGAAGGCUGGUGGCCUCCGGCUACCAAGUGGUGGUGGGGAGUCGAAACCCAAAGUUCUCUGCGGCUCUGUUCCCCGAAGAGGCCGAGCUGAUGUCGCAGAUGGAGGCAACCAGCAAGGCGGACGUGGUGUUUGUCGCGGUGUUCCCCGAGCACCACGCCACGCUGGUUGAACUGAGGCCGACGCUGGCUGGAAAGACGCUGGUGGACGUCAGCAACGGUUUGAAGAUCAAACGGGACACGCUCUCGAACGCCGAGCAGCUGGCAGCGUUGUUCCCGGAGAGUUCCGUGGUUAAAGGGUUCAACACUGUAUCGGCCUGGACGCUCCAGAUGGGACCUCAGGACGGCAGCAGGCAGAUUUUCCUGUGCGGCGACGAUAGCCGGGCCAAGUGCUCUGUGAUGCAGCUCUGUCGCAGACUGGGCUUCGUCCCCGUCGACCGGGGCCUCCUCGCCUCCUCCCUGGAGAUCGAGAACCUCCCCCUCUAUCUCUUCCCCUCCUGGCGCAUCCCCGUCAUCUGCACCUUGUCCCUCUUUGCCUUCUUCUACGCGUACAACUUCCUCCGCGACGUCUUGCGGCCCUACGUCGUGGCGGGGAAGAACGUGUUCUACAAAAUGCCCAUCGAGACGGUGAACGUCACCCUCCCCGCCGUUGCCCUGGUGAUGCUGUCGCUGGUCUACCUGCCCGGAUUGUGCGCCGCUCUCCUCCAGCUGUGGUGGGGCACCAAGUACAACCGCUUCCCCGGUUGGCUGGACCGCUGGCUGACCAGCAGGAAGCAGAUGGGGCUGUGCAGCUUCUGGUGCGCGGCGCUGCACGCCGUCUACAGCCUGUGUCUCCCCAUGAGGAAGUCCGCCCGCUUCCAACUGCUCAUCGCCGCAAGACAGGUGAAAGAGGGGCCCGUGUGGGUGGAGGAGGAGGUGUGGAGGAUGGAGCUGUACGUCUCGGCGGGCAUCAUGGCCCUCGGUCUGCUCUCCCUGCUGGCCGUCACCUCGCUGCCCUCGGUGGCCAACACUCUCAACUGGAGGGAGUUCACCUUCAUACAGUCCACACUGGGUUACUGCGCCCUGUCCAUGGCCACCCUCCACACGCUGCUCUUCGGCUGGGACCGCGCCUUCGACCCAGCCCGGUACCCCUUCCUCCUGCCGCCCACCUUCGUGCUGGUCCUGGUUCUCCCCAUGGCGGUCCUGCUGGGCCGCCUGGCCCUCCUCGUGCCCUGCGUGGCCCGUCGGCUCCGGAUGAUCCGCCGCGGCUGGGAGAAGAGCCGCCACGUGCGCUUCGCCCCGCAGGAGGAAUGCUGCCGCAACGGGCUGGAGGAGUUCAGUAACGUGUGAGGGUCCGGACAAAAGGCGUCUGUAGGUGUGCGCCGCAGGUCGCACAGGGGGUGAAGGAUUUAUACACCGUUGGAAUGUACUGAAGGCUCCUCUCGAAGGCCUUUUGGGGAGUUUCAGAGACGUGUGAGUGUCUGUUCAAAAGAUGGACCAGUAGAGCUGUGGUCCUCCACUUUAUUGCACCAUGCAUCGUCGCCAUCGGGUUUUUAGUUGGUCUUUCCGCUUAUUACUUUGAUCUAUUGUUACGUGAACCAGUGAGAACAGCUUCUGGUUCUGGUUCCAUUCAUGCAGCCAGGAGAGAAGCUACUGAAGCCUUUACUGCUGAAGCAGCACAACGGAGUUUUGCAUAAAUUCACAUUUGAGUCUGAAAUUUGAUUUCUUAUCAUUAGAAGCAGCCUCAGCCCGUCAUCAUCAGUCCUCUCACUGAGGUGUUGUUACUAAACUCUUCUGUGCUGCCACACUCGCUUGCUAUUUGUUACUUUUCAUUGCCGAAUUUGGAUAAGUUAUUACAAAAUUUUGUUUUAUUUUUUAAACAUGGUUACCUUUCGGAGCUAAACCAACCUGCUGAUCAGAACUCUUUUGUUCUGUUUGACUGUUAUAAUAUGAGCAUGAGACGCUGUGCUGUGUUUAGCAGUUUUUGUUUCCUUCUUCCUCGUUGGUAUUCUUAGUUUUGUUUUCUUGCCAAAGGUCAUUCUGUUACGUGAUCAGUAGAAUCUGAAUCAAAAUUGUGUUACCAGACUUUCCAACCUCGGAAGUCAUGAAUGUAAAGAAUUAAAAUGGAAAUUUCUAGAAGAUAGAAUAAAACAUUUUCUCUGUA